AUGCUCACAACCCUAUCCCUUCUCGCCACGCUGGGCUCUCUUAGCCAUGUCGCUGCCCUACCUGCCAUCCCACAGCUCGAAGUACGCCAGUCGGUAGCCAGUGUCAACGCCAGCUUAGGGAACGUUACCAUCUUCGGCACCGGUAUGUUGAUCAACUUCAAUCAUGGCUCUGUCAGUUCUCUAACAGUUCCCNNAGGUGGCACUAUCGCAGGCUCUGCAGGCUCUGGCGUUCAAACGACUGGCUACACUGCUGGUGCUGUAGCAAUCCAGACUCUGAUUGAUGCCGUGCCCGAAUUACUCAACAUCUCAAAUAUCAAUGGCGUCCAAGUCGCAAACGUAGACUCGGGAAACAUAAACGCCACUAUUCUCCUGGAACUCAAUCGUCAAAUCACAGCCGAGCUCGCCAAAAACACCUCGAGUGGUGCUGUGGUGACUCAUGGUACAGAUACCCUUGAGGAGACUGCUUUCUUNUUGGAUCUCACCAUCGGAUCCGAGAAGCCCGUCGCAGUCGUCGGUGCAAUGCGUCCCUCUACCGCUACCUCGGCGGAUGGCCCUCUCAACCUGUAUCAGGCUGUCACGCUGGCUGUCACUCCCGAGGCUAAAGGCCGUGGCACGAUGGUUACACUCAACGAUCGCAUUGACAGUGCCUUCUAUGUGGUCAAAAACAACGCAAACUCCUUGGAUACAUUCAAAGCCAUUGAACAAGGCCAUCUUGGUUUCUUCCUGGACUCAAUCCCUCAAUUCUACUACUCAGCUGCCACACCNCCCGGUAAACCUUUCUUCGAUCUUGCAGCACUGAACCUGACAUCUUUACCUCAUGUCGACAUUCUAUAUGGCCAUCAAGACAGCAACCCAGAACUCAUCCGCGCCUCUGCCGAAUCAGGUGCUGAAGCCAUCGUCUUUGCUGGCACUGGUGCCGGUGGUUGGACAUCAGCGGGCAGAAAGGUUGCCCAGGCCGUCUACAAUGAGACCGGUAUCCCUAUGGUCUUUUCCACUCGUACCAUGAACGGCUUUGUUUCGCCCGAAAGCAAUGACUGGUCCAUCGCUAGUGGCAACCUUGAUCCUCAGAAAGCUAGAAUUUUGCUUCAGUGCGCUCUGGCGGUUGGAUACAACACCACGCAGAUCGCCGAUAUCUUUGAUGCACUUCAGGUAUCAUAG